AGCACGCGUUCGAACUCCAGGUGAAAAAAAUAAACAAAUUGCUGCGGAGCAACAAGUGCCGGAUAAAGGAUAAUGGGAGUCCGGGGCCUAACCAGUUAUAUAGCACAGCGUGCGGAGAUCUAUCUGAAGCCCUUCGAGCUCCACUCCACGGCGCUGGUCAUCGACGGUGACAACCUUUCCUGCAAUCUGUACAAGGAUGUCACCGGCAGUUACUCUGCCUUCGGAGGAGACUACGAUGACUUCUACCGGGCAGUGGUGCAGUUUUUCCAGGUCCUGGCCGAGUGCAACAUCCGGCCGUACGUCCUCAUGGAUGGUGGCUACGAGGAGCGCAAGUUGCGGACAGUCAGCACCCGGCUGCGUGGAAAAAUCACCGUGAUCAAGAAGAUUAACCCGAACGCAUCCAUUACUCUGUUCCCCCUGCACAUGAAGGAGGUCUUUGUGGACGCAGUGCGGGAUUGCGGGGUCCCAGUGAUGCGGUGCGUCUUUGAGGCGGACGACGAGCUGGCCGCCCUGGCCAGGAAACUCAACUGCCCAGUGCUCUCCUACGACUCCGAUUUCUACAUCCACAAUGUCAAGUACAUACCGCUGAUCACGCUGACUGUGAAGGUGCUCACCAAACAGGUGAAGGACAAGAAGAACCACAAGCAAAAGGACUCUCGUGAUCUGCGACGCAACGAAGCCAAGAAUGUCGAGAAGCGCACCAAAUCCAACAAGAUUGUGGGCGGUAUACAAACCUCAGAGCAAGUAGCGUCCCCAAAAGGGAAUACCAAAACCUACAAGUACCUCGACUGCUGUAUCUACCGAGUGUCGCAUCUUUGUGGACGAAGCACUCUGAGCCCCGAGAAACUGCCACUUUUUGCCGCACUCCUGGGCAACGAUUAUAUAGCUCGCAGCGCCUUUAAGAACUUUUUUGCCUCCGGAUUGGGAAAAGCGGGUAGGAGUCGCAAACUUAAGAUUCAACAGAAGCGCAUUCAGGUAAUCCUUACGUGGCUGAAGGAAGAAACGGCGGAGUCUGCUUUGGCUAAAGUGUUGUCCAGGUUAAAAAAGAACCAGCGGGAAUCUCUGGUGUCCCAGGUCCAGGCAGCCAUCUCUGGUUACUCCAAUGAGUUGUGCCACGCCUACGAUUUCUUUGAGGAGCACUACGAAAAGGCUUUUCCUUAUAUAGAACCUACGAGUGAAGAGGAAUCAGGCGAUGAAGAAGAUUUGGCUAGUUUGGAGGAGAACUUAUCAGCAGGCGAGGGAGAAGAGAAGCAAAGGGAAGCUGAAAACGAAGAGUAUAAGGAGCAACAGAAGGAGGAACAGCCAGAGAACGAAGAGCUGGACUCUGGAGAGGAUGUUGAGGAGGAAGAGGAAUCUGAUGAAGGUCUUGAAAUCGAAGUGGAGGACAAAACACUACUCUUCCCGCAAUGGUUUCUAGACAAACUGUACCCGGCUCACUUGGCCCGCUACUUUGUGGAUCUUAUGCACCUACGAAAGUACAUAAACAACCCACAGAUAGAACACUUUCCCUUCCACGACUCCAAUGAACUGGCAUUGCCCAUCCUGAACCACGUUUUCUCCCUUCUACACCAUGUGGAGGGUGAGAAAACGGAGCCACAGUUGGAUGAGGAGGGUUCGCCACUCCCCAUUGAGUUUACCUACCUAACUAGAGCUCUUCGAGUGACUAAUGUAAGGUAUCUCAAGAUGCCCAUUGAAAAGGAGCCAGCUUAUGCUUUCGAACCGUCUGCACCGGAUGCCAGGCAUUUGAAGGCUGUAUUUAAAGACAAUAUUCCGCAUGCCGAUACAGAGAAGCUGUUCAAGAAGGUGGAUGAGCUGCCGGAGGAUCUAAGGCUGUACUUUCUGGCUAUUAUUUACUGGCUGCAUCGCUCGGAGCACUGCGAUCUGCUGCACCUCCACUCGCUCAUCCUUUCUUUGAUUGUGUUGCGUACCAUCGAUGUUACGAUACCCGCAGAGAGAGAAGUGAAAGCUUUUCGCAAGAGAUUUAGCAAGAUUUUGAAGGCAGAACGAGCAGUGAGGGAUAAAGAAGUCGCCGAAGGGAUCAAACGUGGCAUUAAACCCAUUCUUCUUGAGCUUUCUGUGCCAGAUCGGAUGCCCCAUGUACCGAAAUCGGACUGUUAUUUAACCCAAGAACGCCUGCUACCGCAUUUCCACAUGCAGGAGAUCUUCAAGAAAAAGUUUGAUUUGUACUCCUCAACGGUUAUUCACUCAUUUGCCGAAUUUCAGGCUGUGGUCUUUCAACUCAAUGGCCUCAACUCACUCUUAGAUUUCCCAUUAUUAAGUCCCAGAAUGAAUCAACUUUAUUGCGGCUCUUUUCUCUACAAUAUCUAUGAUCUUUUAAGAAAUCGCGCCGAUGUCCGCUACCAUGUAGAAAACUUUCUAUUGCCCGACUCCAAAAUGAUGUUCGAUUUCUAUUGCUUUUUGUACGAUUGGUGUGCGGAAUUUAUUCCACAUUGGAAACAAACAGAGGUGGAUCAAACGGCAGUGAAGGCCCAAAAGAAGCGACUGAAGAAGCAGCGUCAGGCGGCGAGGAAAACGGAAGGAAAGGAGUGCAAUGCGGACCCCAAUGCGGAUAUGGUCGAGGAUGCAGAUCCCGAAGAUGCCUUCUUCGAUUUGAAUAACAAAUUCUGCGCGCUCAAAGUGGCGUAGCGAAUUAUAACUUAUUAAGUGCAAUUUAAAACUUGUUAUGCAGUUACAUAAUUCUAACUUGAUUAAUUUAAUAAAUACAAGUUUUAAA